AUGAUUAUUGUCUUUUACAAUCAAGGAAUAAGAUAUGGUAUGGUAAACACUGUAUUGCCUCUAUAUUUCCUUUUUUCUCUGUUAAUAAUUCUGAACUUUAUAGCCUUAAGAACUGUAGAAUACCAUCUCAUCUUGAAUUCCUGUCUUGGCUUGAUGUAUUGUCUAAAAUCUGGCAUACCUUACCUUGAUAAUUCUGAUAUAGAAAAUAACAUACGCAAUCCUAUUAACUCCAAGUAUUUUUAUUUGCAUGACUUCGAAAAAUUGACUUUAUCAUCUAAUAAGUCAUAUUUCUCCUUAUUUUAUGUCAACAGUUUAGACGCUCAUCUGGAUGAUUUGCAUGCUACUUCUGAUUUAUUAGGCUUCCCCUUCCAAGUUAUAGGAGUCAGUGAAACUAGAGAAAAUGUUUUAAGAGGAUUCAAAAUGAAUAAUGUCUUGCAUGGCUAUAAUUUGCAUUCACAGCCUUCCAGAUCAGCUGCGGGUGGUGUUGCUCUUUACACCAGCAAAUCACUGAAUGCUGUCAAAAGAACUGAUCUUAGUGUAACUGAUGAGGAAUUUGAAACUGUUUGGGUUGAGAUUAAGAAUGUAAUAUCAAAAAGUAUUCUGUGCUGUUGUGCCUAUAGGCACCCUUCGUCCUCUCUUGAACGAUUCACUGAGCAUAUUGAGACCAUAUUGCAUAACUUAGCA